AUGGUUCCAUACUUUACUGGCCGCCAGAAGGAGUGCAAAGAAAUCACUGGUCACGUAACUUCUGGAUCCACCCGAAUCGUGUCGAUCUGGGGUUCGCCAGGAUUCGGAAAAACGUCGGUUGCAAUCGACGUGGGACAUCAUCUCCAUUCUCAAGGAAUGCCUGUCUACUACCUCUCCUUACGAGGACUUCAGUCAAAAGCUGAUCUGGCAUCAAAGCUUCUUAGCCUUUUCAGACCACCUGUCGCAAGGGAUGAACAAAACCAACUGCGUCUUUCAAGCGAUGAUGAGGUUUGCUAUCUUCUCAGCGGAAUAUCAGAUAAUUUUACAAUAAUUCUUGAUAAUGCUGAUGAGUUAUUAAGUGAGGAGGCGGAUAUGAAAGUAAAUUUCCUUAAAGACAUUCUCAGACGAACCGAGAAAGUGACAUUCGUAAUAACCACGAGGGAAUCUUUAGAAUCUAUCAAUGUGCAAUUCUCAGGUUACCAGGCUGUGAGAAUAGGUCCAUUAGACGAGUCCUCUUCCCUAGAAAUGGUUCAGAAAUUACUCCCAAAAGCAACGGACUCUGACUGCAGACGAGCGGCGCAAAUCUGUGGGCAUGCACCUUUGGCUAUAAGGAUAAUGUGUGGCGCUUUUUCUGGAGAUGAUGUUGAACCGAGUCAAUCUCUGAGUGACUUUCUCAAUGCCCUAGAAAGUAAGAAUAUCUUGGAUAUGUUGGACAAUCCAGAUUAUUUAAACGAUCUGAGAUUGAAACACCUAUUGGAAUCUUCUUUUCGGAGACUCCCUGCUCAGGAAAAAGAAGCCCUUGUGUCCUUGAGUGUUCUUCCAGCAAGUUUCGAUGUAACUAUUGCUGCAGCUGUUCUGGGUAUAUCGGAAAUGCCGCUGGCAAAGAGGGUAUUGCUUUAUCUUCGGAGAAAAUCAUUUCUUGAUUCAAGUACCAAGCACGGGUCGUUCUCAAUGCAUCAGCUAAUUCGUUCGUUUGCAAACCAAAGGGAAGAGCAUGAAAUGAAAGAAACGAUUCUAAGAUCAAGAACCCGUUUGUGUGCAUUUUACGUCUCCCGAUUCGAGAAGCUAAAUGAGAAGUUCUUGACAAGUGAUUCCAUGUCGGCAUUUAUUGACUUCUAUGAAGAUGAACAAAGUAUAACUCAAAGUUUAAAAGAGGGCUGUUCGGACUCUAAAACAGCUAACAGCGUGUUUGAGGUGUUGGUGAAAGCUGAGCUCUUUCUGUACUCAGUUUACUGGAGAGAUAGAUCCAAAUUUGACAAGAUUUACGACUCAGCUCUAGAAAUGGCUAGGAAGCUCGAAGAAAAUGUGUUCUAUAGGCAACUGCUUGUUUCCAAGGCUUUGUAUCAGGUAACUUGGGGCAAAAGAGGAAACACGAUGCAGCUGCUCUCUGAAGCGAGGAAUCUUGAAGAGUCAUGUUCUCCCGUCUCAGAUGAUGACAAAGGAAAGCGAUUGUGUUAUAGCGGCAUCUAUCAACUGGUUAACGGCCAAACAGAAACUGGAAUUCAAUCCUUAGAAGAGGCUGUUUCUUUAAUGAGUGGCACCCCCGAGAAACCUAUUCUCAAAAAUAUUGCUUUUGAGAUCCUUGCUACCUAUCAUGGCUACAAAAAUAACUCCUCUGGAAUGUCAAAGUUCGUCAGCAAAUCAUUUCAGGAAUGCCAGUCACCUGUAAUAACACAACUUCCUCUUAUUCCUCCAAUGGAAAGCACAGGAAAGAAAACUGAAGAAAAAGGAAUGACACAACAGCCUCUAAAAUUAGAAAUUAUUUCUCUUGUGAGUGAUGCAGCAAAACAUUUAAUGGACACUGAAACCAAGCGAUGCAUAAUCGACGCAGUGCAAGACAUAACAAAUGACAUCAGAAAAACCCCAAUCCAAAGUUCACUUGGUUCAUUUAUUUUCCAGUGCAAUGCCAAUAUCACGCUACAGUGUGUUAUGAGCAAAGAUGAAGGCGCAGACGAAACGCCCCAAGGAAGAAUUAUCAGUUGUCACGAAACGGCAGUCAAUCUACGCAAGUGCCCCAGGACAGCUCCAGCUAAACGAAAAAGCACUCCUAACAAAGAAAUCAGGCCAAGACCAUUUCAGGCUACACUACGGUCACGUAGGCCUGUAAAAGCGGAUAGCCAACAACCUUCCAGACUAGCUGAAAAUACACAACAGAAAAAAAGCCACCUUACAUGCAUUUCAACAACUCAGGCUAAACAGCAAGGUCAUGACUCAAAACUUAUUAAAGAGACUGGAAAAGAACAUUCAAACAUAGCUGGCAGUAACCGUUUACCGUGGAACGCGCAACAUGAACAAGGCGACUUUUCCUCAGCUCUUCAGUCUGUACAGCAUGCAUUGGAUAUCAGACUUAAAGUGCUGGGAGAAGACCACUCGAUCACAGCUGACAGUUACCAUUCACUCGGGAUCACACAACAUAAACAAGGGAACUUCUUCUUAGCUCUUCAGUCUAAACAGCGUGCACUGGAUAUUAGGCAUAAACUAUUUGGAGAAAAACACUCAAGCACAGCUGACAGUUACCAUUCACUCGGGAUCACGCAACAUGCACUAGGCGACUUUUCUUCAGCUCUUCAGUCUAAACAGCGUGCUCUUGAUAUCAAGCUUAAACUGUAUGGAAAACAACACUCAAGCACAGCUGUCAGUUACCAUUCACAGUCAAGCAGAGCUCACAGUUGUCACUCACUCGCGCUAACACAAUAUAAACUGGGCAAUUUUUCCUCAGCUCUUCAAUCUGCACAGCGUGUACUGGAUAUUCGGCUUAAACUGUUUGGAGAAGAACACUCAAGCACAGCUGACAGUUACUAUUUACUCGGGAUCACGCAACUUGAACUAGAGGACUUUUCCUCAGCUCUUCACUCUGCACAGCACGCACUGGAUAUUAGGCUUAAACUGUUUGGAAAAGAACACUCAAGCACAGCUGACAGUUACCAUUUACUCGGGGCCAUACAAUAUGCACAAGGCGACUUUACCUCAGCUCUUCAGUCUGCACAGCGUGCACUGGAUAUCAGGGGUAAACUGUUUGGAGAAGAACACUCAAGCACAGCUGACAGUUACCAUUCACUUUGGGACAAUCAACAUAACUUGGGCGACUUUUCCUCAGCUCUUUAGUCUACACAGCGUGCACUGGAUAUCAGGCGUAAACUGUUUGGAGAAAAACACUCAAGCACAGCUGACAGUUACUAUUCACUGGGGAUCACACGACAUAAACUAUGUUUGUUUUGUUUUGUUUUGUUUUGUUUUUUUCUGGAAAGUACGUUUUGUGCUCUUUUAAAUGAGAUAUAGUGAGCUGCCUUGCUGUAAAUAUUUCAGGUGGUAAGAUAUUGAAUAAAGAAUACGAUUUGUUCAA